UUACGGAAAAGAUGGCGGACGAACUACACUGAAAGACCCCAAAGUUUGUUUUGGUUAUUUUCAACCUUCCAAUGUCUUUUCUCACUCCGUCGUUUUUACAUCUUAAUCAAGAAGAUUACCAGCAUGUUUAUGAGCCUGCAGAAGAUACAUUUCUCAUGAUGGAUGCUUUGGAAAAAGACGCGGAUUUCUUGAGAGCACGAAGGCAAAGAAUUUUUGCUUGAUUCCAGUGAAAUCUCUGGCAGACACAACCAGAAUUUAUCUAAGCUUUGAUUAAAUUCCAUUGUUUUCUUCACAGGCCACUUUUAUGCGUGGAGGUUGGCAGUGGGUCCGGUGCCCUAAUAACUUUUUUGGCUUCCAUUAUCGGAUCCCUCACCCACUACAUGUGAGUUUUGUUUACUGUACAAGGAUCGACCAGUGGGGUCGCGAGAGUCUCCUUCAGGCUUUAUGAUGGUACUGAAGUGCAAGUGAAGAAACAUUUACGACCUCCCCCCACCCAUAAGAAGUUUCGCUUUAGUGCCCCCCCCCACCCGCUUUUAAGUCCGUUCAUUUAACAGUUCUUUAAAAUUGUGGUAUUUUUAAUGGCGCUAUGUUACAGUUGUAUACUUAGUUGUCAAGCCUUUGAUUUGGAGUAAGGCUGAAGGUGACCAUGUUGUGAUAGAGACUAGUAUUUAGUGAGCAUGAUAGCAAAGUAAUUUACCUUUGAAAAGUAGCGAUGUUUGCAUCAUAGCAAGGUCAUCAUUAGCCUCGCUCCUGUUCAAAGGAUUAUUCAACAAUAUUCUCUUUGCCGUCGGCGAAUAAUCAUUACAUAUUGCCCGCUACUUUGAAAUCCUUCCUUCAUCAGUAUUCAGAAAACUAAAAAUUAAACCAAAACAAAAAUGCCAGACUAAUAGAACAACAGAGCCUAGAAAUAUGAAGGUGAGAAAAAAGAAUAUUUUCACAGGUUGUCACAGUAAGGUUAACCAUAAAUAUUGCUUUAAACAAAUGCCAAGGAAAGUAAUUUGCUAAAAUAUAAACCUAUUUCUGGCUCAAAAAUAUACUUAAAACUAUUAAUUACCCAAAUAAAAUUUGGAGAUAGUCUUUUUGGGGAUCAAUGCAAUAUCAUAUCCCAUUGAUCAGCCAUCUCUAAGAUAUGGAGAAGUUGUAUGUUGGUAGAGUAAUUAUAUUUGUUGUACUGUUUAUGUUGAAUACCUUCAAAAUCAGGAAUACUUUUGGUUAUUGUAAUCGUUCCAGAGCUACUGAUAUAAACCCCAUGGCUGCUCAAUGCACAUCACAAACGGCAAAGCAGAAUGGAGUGAAAGUUAGUUGUGUUGUAACAGAUUUGGUAAGUUUUAGUGCAGUUGUAAGGAAAAAAUUAUGGUUCAGAGUUUUGGACGAACAUUUUAACUCAUUUUUUGUAGUUCCCCUUGUUGGCAUCAAGUCAGAUUUCACUUGCCAAAGUAAUUCAUAUCUUAUGAUUAAUGAGUUUCUUCUUUCUUUACAAGUUUUGUGAAAGAUUUAAUUGUUUUUCAUACUUUAUUAGUUUGACUGGCCCUCCCCAGUAAAAUAAAUUAAAUAUUACAGACUAAAAGUUUUUUUAUAGACAUGUGUAAGAUUUCAGGUACUUAUAAAUGCCUCUGAUUUCAUUAAAAAAGAAUGACUAAGCAAACAAACAAAUUGCUAGUAAACCUUUUAUUAAACUUACUUUUUUCAGGGAAAUUUGUUCAACAGCCUUCCCUUGACAUCACGUAAAACUAUUUUCUACUUCACAGGUUGAAGGCCUUAUUCCAAAUAUUUUUGGAAAAGUUGAUGUAUUGAUCUUCAACCCACCCUAUGUUGUCACUGCUUCUGAUGAGGUAUUAACAGGGUCCUUUGAUAUCAAUAUUUCUUAAUAAUAUAAAUUUUUUGAUUCCAUAUGAUAAAUUUUAUUUUUUGUCUUUUUGUUCUUACAAGGUUGGCAGUCAUAGCAUUGAAGCCUCCUGGGCGGGUGGAGACAGAGGAAGAGAGGUACCUGUCAUUGCUGGAUAACAAUUAAACUCAGCUGGUCCAUUUUAGACAAAUUCAUUUGCAGGUUUUCCUUCUAACAGGCCUUUCUGCUUGAAAAUGUAUUGACAACUUUAUUCACGGGUUUUACACUCACAACAACACUGCUUUUACCACCCACGUUAUUACAAACUCAACUUAUCUCAUCUCACACACGCGCACGCGGCCCCCAGCAACGAGCUGGCCUGUCAUUCGUAACAUAGCAACGUGGCUAGAAAUGAAAGUACAGGAAGCGGUGGACAUUGAUGGACAAAUGACUCUUUGGUUAUACAUACAGUUAUAUAAUAACUAAGUUAUUCUUGGGACUAAGUAUUGAGAACAAUAACACAUUCCCUAAAAUUCCUUAUAAAUCCCUAAACAAAUCACUCUAAUUAGCUGGAGUCUUUUGAUAGUAACUUUUACUUUGUGAAAGACCAGACAACUGUCUUAAGUUUUAUUUUCUUGAAAUAUUUUGCAUUUUGUUUUUAAGCCCCUGUAAGCUACCAUGUCACAUAUUUCAAUUCCACAGACAUUUAAAGAUGUCACACUAAUAAGGAGGCUCUCUGCAAGCCUUAAAUGAUACAACAGUUCACUAGUCAUGAUAUCAAUGUAUCUUUUGUUUUUGUGUCAAUUUAGGUAAUGGAUCGUCUUUUCCCGUUUGUAUCCACUCUUUUGUCCAACACAGGAUGUUUUUAUCUUGUUACUGUGGCAGAAAAUAAACCAGGUAGGAGCAGAACAGUGUAUAUCCGAUUCAUGUAGCGGUAUUUUACGAUUUUCUGUUAAAAAUUAUCAAUUUUAAACGUCAACUUUUUCUAAAUUCACAAUUUUUGAAGACAUGAAGCAUGCCAAUAGAGCCAUUUUCAAUCAAUUUUCGAAAGCAAUCCGGGCUGCCAUGGUUUUGCUCGUCUUUGCUCUGUGGUUGGUUCAGAAAACUCACGCCACCUUUUCGACCAAUCAGGAGCCGAACUGAAACCAAUCGCGACUUGGUCACUUGCGUUUUUCCCGCAUUUAAUAAGUUUUCAUGUUUUUACUCUGAGUUCUCAAUGGCUCCUUUUGAUAUCUUGUAUCACUCCGAUUGGCCGCCUUGAUAACUUUGGUUUAAGGUUUACGACACUCAAUUGAAUACGCACUAAAAGCACAGGUAAGUAUCAUACUUGUUCUAUGAUACAAGUAUCAUACUUGUUCUUGGUGAGUAUUCUCCGUCGGCAGUUUCUUUUAGAUGAUAUUGUUUCGCGAUACAGUUUCGAUGGAGAUGAUAUUUCUGCUUGGUCAGUCACGUUGUAGAGCACCGGACUGCCGUGCGGAAGGUCGAGAGUUUAAGCUCUAGAUCGGACCAACACUCAGGGUCUUAACAUAACUGAGGAGAAUGUGCUGCCUUUGCUAUGGUCCCAUAUCCUGUAUCUUCCAUGUACUGGUUUACGUGAGAUGUUAAAGAGCCAAUGCAGUUCUCGCAAAGAGAGGGGAACUUAGCUCCCGCUGUUGUGUUCUGACCUUGUUAUUGCGUGAACAAAGAAUAAUUUCCACAUUACUAGUUCCUUGGGGUUUCUUUAAAAUUCAUUCGUGUUACUUUUCUUUUCACUUUCUUCAGACGAGGUCAUAAGUAUGUUGGAGUCCCAAGGCUUAUGUGGUGAAGUUUUAAUGAAAAGAAAAGCAGGAAGAGAGAGACUCUCUAUUCUAAAAUUUACUAAAGACUUCAAGAAGAACAGCCCAGUCAGAUGACAAGAGUGAAUUUUUCUGAUCAUGUUUCUCAGUAUAGAACGGAUUAAAGGGCAAUCAGUGCACAGUUCAAUUCUGAAAUAACUUACAGAGACACCGUGUUCUCAAUGUCUUAGAAAACCAUGGUGAAAGCUGACGUGUGUCGGGCCGAACGCGUUGACGUGAGCCGGCCCAGAAAAAGCAGUCCAGCUUUGCGCUCACACGACUCUUUUGCGUUUCCCUUAAAAGUGGGUUGAAAUUGUGGACUUAUUUGAAAAAUAAAAUAGAUGAGAAAAUGAAUCGCAGUUCUCGAUGAAGUACGAGUUUCUUGAUCUGACUUGAAGAAAAAAAGGAAAAGGGU